AUGGCCAACCACGAGCAUCAUGUCCUGCAAAUUCCAGAGCUCUUGGAGCUCAUCCUGGCCCAGCUUCCAAUGAGAGAUCUCCUCCUCGCGCAACGCGUAUGCCGGCGCUUCAACAACCUCAUCCAAACCUCAAUCGUCCUCCAACAAGCCCUCUUCUUCCGUCCGCUCCCCAAACCCGCCACUCCAGAGCCAACAAAUAGACCCAAGCGCCCGACCUGGCCCCCGUUCGAGCCCUCAUUCUCGCUCCCCUUCCCGGUCUCUCUCCCCUUCCCGCCGCCCAUCACCAAUAUUCCCGCGACGGCCACCGGAUCACGAAAGCAGCAGCAGCAGAAGAACCCCUUCCUCUCCGAAUCCGCAGGGCAGAACCCGCUCCUCGUCGCCGCCUUCCCGCCGUGGUUCAGCCGCAACAUGUCAGAUCUGAGCUACACGACGGACCAGUGCCACUUCUCGCGCUUCAAAGACCUGCCGCUGGCCGCCGGCGGCGCGGCGCGGCGCGACGCCUUCUUGCGGCCCGAGGCGUCGUGGCGCCUCAUGAUGGUGACGCAGCCGCCCAUUUCCGUCAUGUCCGUCGUACGCAUCACCGUCCACACGCGGAUGACGACGUACGAGGAGGUCGAGGUGAGGUUUCCCGCCCCGAUCGGGCUUACCAUGGGCGUGCUGUACGACCUCACCUGCCAGCUGGUGCUGUAUCAGAAUGGUGGCGAGUUCCGGGUGCAGUGGAGUAAGGAUGGGGGACAUGUCUCGCUUAUUGUGAUGCGGACGGCGUCUGGGGUGGUUGGAAAAGAGUACAUGAACUAUAUUAGCCGCGCGUAUGAGGGGGUGUCGUUGGAUUGGCCGUCGUAG